AUGCAUGCCAGCUCUAUCGUAUAUGCCCUGGCAGCUGUCGCUACCGGUGUUCCGCCAGUGGGCAUUAAGGCCGUUAACGGCGUCGUGAUCGCGACGGAGAACAAGCAGAAGAAGAAGCUGGCUCAGAACUGCUACCUGACCUACCGCGAGCCUAUUCCCACCUCGCAGCUGGUGCAGAAAGUGGCCACCGUCAUGCAGGAGUACAUGCAGUCUGGUGGUGUCCGUUCAUUCGGUGUGUCCCUGUUGAUCUGCGAUUGCGACGAGGGCCGACCAUACCUGUAG